GAACUAAGAAACUAUGGCAAGUCAUUACUUGUUUCCUGCUGUGAAAUUACUCAAGCAGAAAUGUUUUCCAUCCCUCAGUGGAAUGAAGAGUUGUCAGAAUUUUUCCAGUAUGCAAGUCGACGAAACAGAAGGCGCUAACUUCAAACGUUUCGCCCAGCAUUGGUGGGACUAUGAUGGAGAUUUACAGCCAUUGCAUACUAUGAAUCGUUUGCGUGUACCAUUUAUUCAAAAUGGUCUUUGUCCAUUAACUACAUUAUCUACCAUUGAUUCAGUUUGUUUACCUUUGAAAGGUACGAAGAUUUUAGAUGUUGGUUGUGGUGGAGGUAUUCUAGCGGAAGCACUAUCUAUGUUGGGAGCAGAAGUUUUGGGCAUAGACUUAGUAGAAGAAGGUAUAAAAGUAGCACAAGAACAUGUUGAAGCUACAUCUUAUCGCUGGAUUGAUCAUCCAGAUUUACAUAAACCUACAUAUAAACUUACUAGUGUACAAUCAAUUACUCAAGAAUAUCCAUGUCAAUUCGACGCAGUUGUUGCGUCUGAAGUAUUAGAACACGUUACUGAUUGGGAGGAUAUGUUGAACAAUUUAAAACAGUGCUUGAAAAUUCCAAUCAAUAUUGACGGAGUUACACGACCUUUGAUUUCUGUUAGAGGUAUUAUGGCGGUUAUUGCUUCCCAGUUUCCCGCACCGUGAAAGGAGUUUUCAGAGGUACCUGAAAAGGAGAUUGGGGUCCGGGUUGGUCUUAGUAACCUGCGAACGUGACCGCAGUGCUCAAGGGAUAACGUCUUGAGGUUGGUCACACACGACCUUUGCGUGAGUAAUUUUCGUGUUAGCUCCGUACUUGUUGAGACCUUACUGUCUAAAACGGAAAUCCAUAGCGUAGGAAAAGGUGUGCAUUUUUAGGGCCGACCUCUUCCAACUUCACCCUUCCUUAUGAGAAUGCUGCAUCGCUGUUAUACUGGUUGUUUGACGUCAUACGUUUGUGCAGUCAGUCGUACGACUUCGUCCUCGGACCUUGGGUUUGCUGCUUUUAGUCUUACCGCUCUUCAACCAACCUGUUUGGCAUAGUAGGACCUUUAUGAACGAUUGUUCCAGUCAGUAUAGCUCGAUUGGUUCAUCAUGAUAGGCAAUUCUGACCACCACGUCAAGGUAGCAACAACGGUCGGGUUACACGACCUAAUUAUUUUGAAAUCUACUUCAGUUAUAAUGUGGUGUGUGUUACUUAUAUUGACAUAAGUAGUAUAUGAUGUUAGUCGUGAACAGAAGGUCUGGCAGCAGAGAAACAAGAGGAUCUAACAGUAAAGAAUGGAAACAGGAUGCAAUUUGUAUGAAAAUGCAAGAACAAUGAAGUCUGAGUCAUGUUGAGACAAUUGGUGGUCAUUUUGCAAAUGAAGCAUUUACUUUAUGAUUGUUAGAUUUUAUUAACAAGUCCUGUAAUUUUGUGUUAAAUACAUUUGAUUGUCCCGGCCCGUGUUCUGUCCACUACAAUAAUACUUGUAAUAAAUAUGAAUGAAUUGAAAACGUGCUGAUUAGUUUCACACGAAUUUUAAAUUUUGUAGUUUAUGCGUUCAACUCACAUUCAUUUGCUAUGGAUGUUUGGCUACAGAGUAGCAUAGGACUCUAACAACUUGUAUAACACUUACAUUUCAUGUAUAUUUCAUCCUUGAAUCCAUUAAACUGGACAUAAUUGAUGGAUGGUGUAGUGUUUGUCACUUGUUAUAUCUAGAUGUGCUUAACUUACUUGUCCCUUGGUACUGAAACCCUCAUAUCUGAUGAUGUAUAGUGAACAUACAAAGGCUAGCAAUAUAUAUCUAUUUGAACCCGGAAAUAAAUCAAAAUAAUGUGUGAAUACACCACUUUUUAUUUGAUUUAUUAGUAGUCAAAUUUGUGUAAUUUGGAACUGAGUAGUAAUUAAUAUCAAUUAAUCACUAACUUACUACGUGACCAAUUCUUUACAUUACCGUACAUUUCGGGGUCUAUAACCAACAGAUCGAACUAAUUGACUAAGUCUUAUAAUUGCCCCUUCUCAGGAUGUGAUUAUAUGUCAUAGACAGUUGGGAAAAAUAUUAACUUUAUAUGCCAUUCCUACUUUAAUCGAUUUAUUCACUACUCACCAUAUCAGAUUGUAUUUUAAUUCCCACUACUAAACUGUCAAUAAAUAUUGCUCUCUGUACACUUUCGAAUUAUUUUGUUAAUGUUUUUGCUUUUUUGUUUUUCAAUUAAAUUAUGUUAUUUAAUUGAUGUUAUUUAUAAUCUCUUCCUUCUCAGUUAGAAGGAAUGUUAUUCGUAACUACAAUAAAUCGUACUACCGCUUCAUUACUACUAGGAAUUGGUGUAGCUGAAUAUGUAGCUCGUAUUGUUCCACGUGGUACUCAUGAUUGGAAUAAAUUCAUUGAACCUAGUCGACUACAGAUUGCUUGUAUCAAGCGUGGUUUGCAACCACGUCAACUCAGUGGAAUGUUAUAUAACCCAUUAAGUCGUCGAUGGCGUUGGAGUAGUAAUUUAUCACUAAAUUAUGCAUUCAGUGCUAUGAAAAUCGAUGAAUAAAUGAGAUGAAGAACACCAAUUAUAAAUGCAUUUGUUCUUCGUCAACUGUUUCUUUCUCAAUCUAUUAAUUUAGUAAAAGCAAAGUGUGAUCAAUUAUCACGAAUUUAUAGACACAUUCUUCCCAUUGUUUGCUUUCAAUAACAUUAUAUAAUGAGCUGAUUGUUAUUGUAAAGUUUUGUCAACUUGUUAGAUAAUGAUCAAAAAAUUAAGCAUUAAAUUUUUUCAGCUAAAUGAUUUACGGUAAUAGCCUUUAUGUAUAAUUUAUUUAUUUAUUUUAACACAGAUAUUUGUGCGAGGAGGCACCAAAUACAUAUGCGCCACAUAA